UGAAAAAAGGUAUUUUCCGAAGACAUUAAUUUUUGCAUAGUAUAACAAUGCGGCAUUUACUUCUGGUAGUGAGUGUUGCCAUCACCGGCUUCGCGAGCGGCAUCUGCCCUCCGCCAGACUGCAACGCCAGCCUACCUCCAGACCUGCCACUAUAUUACUUGUUAAGCGAUAACCAAAACUGCCACAAAUUCUACUACUGCUACGACGACGACGGCGACGAGACUUACAGCAUCACCGAUACUUCCUACUGGUGCCAGGACCACGGCGCCGUCUUCAGCCAGAGAGACCAGCGUUGCGGUAACUACACGUGCGCCGAGUCGUGUUCUGGCGCAUGCACGCCGUACGAAUGCAAAGAAUCAGAUCCCUUGCAAGAUAAAAGAUCCGACCCGUUCGAUUGCUCGAUUUAUUACACCUGCUCAGACGGUGAAGCGGUGCACUGCGAAGGCGACAAACCCUUCUUCGACGGGGACCAGUGCCAGGAGGACGAGUCCAAAUGCUGCCACUGCAAACCCUACUGUCACCAAGGAGAACUGUUCACGAACGUCCCAGAUCCGUUGGACUGCAAGAGCUUUUAUUUCUGCGUGAAUGAAUAUGACUUCCCGACAUACCAGAGCACUUGUGACAGUGGCAAUUUCAAUCCGUUUACCGGUUUGUGUGAUGAGACAUUUCCUUGCCUCAUUUUGUGUCCAGCGUCGUAGUCUCAGGAACUUUUGCCAUUAGGAUAAAAAAAAUAUAUAUAUAUAUAUAUAUAUAUUUCUAGAAGAGGAGGGAAAGGGAGAGAGAGAGAGAAAGAGAGAGAGAGAUAUCUUCAGUAAUUACGUUGUUUUUUUGUUCAUUAUCCUUCUGUAUCCUUUGCCAUCUCGUACCGCUUCGUUCGAAUUUUAUUCCAUUAAUGCCUUUUGUAUAUGUUUAUUUCAUCGCUAAUAAACUGCAUAGAGCUA